GGAGAAGGAGGAGGCAGCGGCGGUGGCGAAUCACUUAUAAAUGGCGCCGAAGCAGGACCCGAAGCCUAAAUUCCAGGAGGGUGAGAGAGUGCUGUGCUUCCAUGGGCCUCUUCUUUAUGAAGCAAAGUGUGUAAAGGUUGUCAUAAAGGAUAAACAAGUGAAAUACUUUAUACAUUACAGUGGUUGGAAUAAAAAUUGGGAUGAAUGGGUUCCAGAAAGCAGAGUACUCAAAUACGUGGACACCAAUUUGCAGCAACAACGAGAACUUCAAAAAGCCAAUCAGGAGCAGUAUGCAGAGGGGAAGAUGAGAGGGGCUGUCCCUGGAAAGAAGACUUCUGGUCUGCAACAGAAAAAUGUUGAAGUGAAAACAAAAAAGAACAAACAGAAAACACCUGGAAAUGGAGAUGGUGGCAGUACCAGUGAGACACCUCAGCCUCCUCGCAAGAAAAGGGCCCGCAUAGAUCCUACUGUUGAAAAUGAGGAAACAUUCAUGAACAGAGUUGAAGGUAAAGUAAAGAUUCCUGAAGAACUAAAACCAUGGCUUGCUGAUGACUGGGACUUAAUUACCCGGCAAAAACACCUCUUUUAUCUUCCUGCCAAGAAGAAUGUGGAUUCCAUUCUAGAGGAUUAUGCAAAUUACAAGAAAUCUCGAGGAAACACAGAUAAUAAGGAGUAUGCUAUUAGUGAAGUUGUGGCAGGGAUCAAGGAAUACUUCAAUGUAAUGUUGGGCACUCAGCUUCUCUACAAAUUUGAGAGACCACAGUAUGCUGAAAUCCUCGCAGAUCACCCUGAUGCGCCCAUGUCCCAGGUAUAUGGAGCGCCACAUCUACUGAGAUUAUUUGUACGUAUUGGAGCAAUGUUGGCCUAUACACCUCUGGAUGAGAAGAGCCUUGCUUUAUUACCGAAUUAUCUUCAUGAUUUCCUAAAAUACCUGGCAAAGAACUCUGCAACUUUGUUUAGUGCCAGCGAUUAUGAAGUGGCUCCUCCUGAGUACCAUCGGAAAGCUGUGUGAGGCGCUUAUACUCACUCUUGUUUGGAUCUCUGUAAA